AUGUCGUCUGACGAGGGAAGUCGGUCGUUGGGUUCACAAGUGCCUUUGUAUUUGUGGGGCGGUUCUCAGGUUCAUAAGAAGAGGUUCGUGGCCAAUUUGCAUCCCAUCAUGACUGAGGCACAAUUCCAAAAGUGGCGCACCAGUUUUGCUUCUGCCAUACCGAAUGAUGUGCAUAUCAGGUUGGCAGAGCCUUCGACUGAUGAUGUGGCUCGCGAGGACCCAAACGAUCCAGACGCGAGGAUUAUCACCUUUCGCCCAUUUUAUUUUUCCUUGGGUUUUAAGUUCCCCAUGUCAAAGUUCUUCAAGAAGGUGUUCCAUGCUAUGGGUUGUGCUCCAAGUCAGUGUACUCCAAAUGUCUAUUGUACUGUAAUCUGCUUUGACAAUCUGAAUCGCUUUUUCAAGUUGGGCUUAACUUUGCGGGAGUUUUUCUACUUCUUCAAAGUGAGACGCUGUAAGAAGUACGCUCAACUUCGCGCACACAAAGAGAAGAUGUUCGACAGCCUUAGUGACGAUGAUCAUGCAUGGAGUACUGAUGUGCUAGAGGUCAGCGGAAGGUGGGAAGGUGUGGCAGACGAUGGUCCACAAGUUCCCAUCACUUACUGUCAUGGUGACGACAUCAGCAAAAAGAUUGAUCUCGAACCGGAUAUGGCUAAGAUCCACCAAGCCAUGAACAUCCCUAUGAAGUUUCGCGAGUGGCGUUGGCUGUUGAGCGAGCAUCGAAGUAAAGCAGGUGGUCUGCCCCCUGCCAGGGACAUUGAAAGGUGGAAGCGAUAUGGCCCCAACUCGGAUGAUAACCCUGAUGAGCUGGAUGAGUCCUCGAUCGAACUUUCUGGAAAAAGGAAGGUUGCUCCUAAGCUUUCCAGGGAUGAAGUUAUGACCUCACAAGCAAGAGAUGUAUCUCGUUUGAUGAAGAAACACUGUCUUCCUUAUGUUGAGAUUAAGCAUUCUUCGAAAGAGGUCUCGUCUGCUGAGAAGACUCAAGUAAGAGCUGCUCAUUUGUCGUCUACCAGGGUUAAGUACACUGUAGGUGAAGAUAGCAAGAAUGUGCAUGACAUGCGAAAUAUUAGGGAUGCAAUGCUCAAGUCUUCAGCUAAGAAGUUCAAGACCGGUGAUCUGCCCUGCAAAGAUGUUUGGGCCAAACCUGGUUCUUUUGCUAAAAAGCAAAGAGAUGUUGACCUUUCUAGUAGAAGUUUGAGUCGUCUGCAUCAGUCAAAUGAUGAGGAUCGAACUGAAAAGGCUGCUACUUCGCUUGGCAAGCGUGCACCACUUGAUGAAUUGCAAGAAACCAAGGGUAGAUCAGUUGAGAAGUCUUCAGCUGCAAAGUUUAAGACCGGUGAUCUGCCCUGCAAAAAUGUUUAUGCAAAACUUGGUUCUUUUGCCGAAAAGCAAAGAGAUGCUGACCUUUAUAGUAGAAGUUUGAGUCAUCUGCAUCAGUCAAAUGAUGAGGAUCGAAUUGAAAAGGUUGCUACUUCACUUGGCAAGAGCACGCCACUUGACGAAUUGCAAGAAACCAAGGGUAAAGCUGAUGCAAGAUUGUUGACUCUCUUAGAGGCUAGGAUCGAGGCUUUCCAAACAUCAAAAGAGUUGUCUGCUCGGGCUAAAGGUUACGAUGAUCUACCUAAGAGGACCAAGUCUUGCCUUAUUAGGGAUGUGUAUGUGUCUGACCUGUUCAAAACUAACUUCCUGGCACGGUCGUCUACCUGUCAUGGGCUGGUUGAUCAUCUGCGGCAAGCUGGUGAUCUUGGUACUUUUCCAAGUCUUCGUGCAGAAGAGUAUAACAAUGAAGCUCUUGCUUUGAUUAAAAAUGAUGUGAUUUUUGCCCCUGAGGCUAUCCAGAGCUCGUCCAUUAUUGCCCCAUUUUUUGCUGAGUUUGAAAAGUUGGAGAAAAAGAAUGCUGCUUUGUCUGACCUACUUUUAACCGAGCAAACUAGCCAAAAUAUGAAGAUUUUAGACUUGAAGAGACAUGUAUCCCUGCUGAAAAGCUCCCUUGCUUUAAAGGAUGGCGAGCUCGAUUCCUUAGAUGCUGCCCUUAGUGAGCGAAAGGAGGCAUGCCUUCGUAUCGAGCACGAGUUUGCUAACUUGUCUCAAAACUAUGAUAAGCUGCUGUUAAAGUUCGAAACCUUCCAAGAGAACACCAAAGAGUCAGAGUUGUCGAGUACGUGGCCGUAA